GUUUCAAGUUGGUUCUAUUUAUACAUAUAUUGGUGAAGUAUGCGUUUCCAUGAAUCCAUACCGUCAAAUGAAUAUUUAUGGUCCCGAAACCAUAAAAACAUAUAAAGGACGUGAGUUGUUCGAGAAUCCACCGCACAUUUUCGCCAUAGCUGAUGCAGCAUAUAAAAUAUUAAAGCAACGACAUCAGGACACAUGCAUUCUGAUCUCAGGAGAGUCCGGUGCUGGUAAAACCGAAGCGUCAAAAAUUAUUAUGAAAUAUAUUGCAGCCGUUACAAAUAUACACGGUCAAAAUGAGAUUGAAAGGGUGAAAAACGUACUAAUACAAAGCAAUUCAAUUCUGGAAACAUUUGGAAAUGCAAAGACAAAUCGGAACGACAAUUCAAGUAGAUUUGGAAAAUAUAUGGAUAUUGAGUUUGACUAUAAAGGAGACCCUGUAGGCGGCAUUGUCACCAACUAUUUAUUGGAAAAAUCAAGAGUUGUGCAACAACAAGCUGGGGAGCGAAAUUUUCAUAGCUUUUAUCAGCUCCUUCGAGGCGCUAGCGAACAUGAAUUACAUCAAUUUUAUCUAAUCAAAGAUCCUAGUAGAUACCAUUAUAUGAACCAAGGCAGUAUGGAUAUACUAUCCGAAAAAUCAGACUACAAAAUCACAAAUAAUGCUUUUAAGACGCUUGGUUUUUCCACCGAAGAAGUCCACACUAUUUGGCGCACCGUUGCUGCUAUUUUACAUUUGGGCAAUAUUGAAUUUCAAUCUAUCGAAGAUGAUUUGGUUAUAAGCAACAAAGCGCAUUUGGAACAUGCAGCCAAAUUACUACAGGUAACGGAGAACGAGCUUUCGAAUUCGUUGACGACUCGAAUUAUUGCUGCUGGUGGCAAUGUUAUGCAAAAGGAGCAUAACGCCACGCAAGCUGAGUAUGGUAAAGAUGCGUUGUCUAAAGCCAUUUACGAUCGCCUAUUUACUUGGAUCAUAUCGCGUAUAAAUCGGGCAAUUUUGUUUCGUGGUUCUAAGAGUCAGGCGCGUUUCAACUCUGUGAUUGGGGUUUUAGACAUUUACGGCUUUGAAAUUUUCGACAGCAAUAGUUUCGAGCAAUAUUGCAUAAAUUAUUGCAACGAGAAGCUGCAACAGUUGUUCAUUGAACUUGUACUAAAGCAAGAGCAGGAAGAGUAUCAACGUGAAGGUAUAGAAUGGACCAAUAUCGACUACUUUAAUAAUAAGAUAAUCUGCGAUCUCAUCGAACAGCCACAUAGAGGUAUGAUUGCUAUUAUGGAUGAGGCUUGUCUCUCAGUGGGUAAAAUAAACGAUGAGACUCUACUUGCUGCCAUGGACAAAAAUCUUAGUGGCCAUGCGCAUUACACCAGCCGCCAAUUAAAACCAAUGGACAAAGAACUAAAACAUCGUGAAGAUUUUCGCAUUACUCACUACGCUGGAGACGUUAUUUACAACAUCAACGGAUUCAUUGAAAAAAAUAAGGACACAUUGUAUCAAGAUUUCAAACGCCUUUUGCAUCACUCGAAAAAUCCCAACCUGAGCGAAAUGUGGCCCGAAGGUGCUCAGGAUAUUAAGAAGACUACCAAACGUCCUUUGACCGCUGGAACACUCUUCCAACGCUCCAUGGUAGAUCUCGUGAACAUACUUUUAAAAAAGGAACCAUUUUACGUCCGGUGUGUUAAGCCGAACGAUAUCAAGAGUGCUACUGUAUUUGAUGACGAGCGUGUACAGCAUCAGGUCCGAUAUCUUGGGCUGCUUGAAAAUGUACGAGUCCGCCGAGCUGGAUUUGUCCAUCGUCAACGUUACGACAAAUUCUUAUUACGUUACAAAAUGAUUUCACAGUACACAUGGCCAAAUUUCCGUGCCGGGAGCGAACGGGACGGCGUGCGAGUCUUAAUUGAGGAAAAAGGAUUCGCCAACGAUGUGAAAUAUGGACAUACAAAGGUGUUCAUACGUUCACCGCAAACAUUGUUUACACUAGAGCAACAGCGAAAUGAAAUGAUUCCUCACAUAGUUACUUUGUUACAAAAGCAAGUUCGUGGUUGGAUUGCACGCCGUAAUUACAAGAAAAUGAAAGCGGCGCUCGCCAUAAUGCGCGCAUAUAAAGUUUACAAACUACGAUCUUACGUGCAGGACUUAGCUCAACGCUUCCGCAAUGCUAAAAAUACAAGAGAUUAUGGUCGUAGCAUCCAAUGGCCACAACCACCAUUGGCGGGACGAAAUGCUGAGCCGCAAUUGCGACGAAUUUUUAACAACUGGCGAGCUUAUAUGAUACUACGUAAGUUUCCACGAUCUGAGUGGCCUCAGCUGCGUCUGCAAAUUAUUGCUGCUACUGCGAUUAAAGGCCGGCGUCUACAUUGGGGACAACAACGCAAAUGGAUAGGUGAUUAUUUGGCCAACUCGCAAGAAAAUACAGGCUAUCAGGCUUAUACCAUCAAUACAAAGAAUUUGAAAAACACCGAAGCAUACAAUGCAAUUCUCUUUUCCUCUUUUGCAAAGAAAUACAAUAAACAUAAUAAAUCUGCUGAUCGUGCCUUUAUUGUAACGGAUACAGCAAUUUAUAAAUUAGAUGGAGCCAAACAUAAAUUCAAAAACAUGAAUCGGUCUAUAUCCAUUAAAGAUUUAACAUCGAUCAGCAUAAGUCCUGGCCGGGACCAACUUAUAGUAUUUCAUUCGCCUGCAAACAACGACUUGGUAUUCGCACUACAAGGAGAAAAUUAUCAACUAAAAGAGGACCGUGUCGGCGAACUUGUGGGCGUAAUCUGUAAAAAGUAUUUUGACAUUUGUCAGCGAGAACUGCGCGUGGACGUCUCUGCCACAAUCGCCUGCCGGUUGGGUGGUAAAUCGCGUACCAUUACAAUAGAGCGUGAACCUGGUGUUGAGAUUCCCAAUUUCCGCCAUGCAGCGGGUAAUAUAAUUCUUGAAGUCCCACCAUAUUAUUGUGUCUAAAGAACCAAAUACUACAUAUCUGUGCUAUGUAUAUCCAAGGACUAUUGCGCGUACUAUCUAUCGUAUGACAAUGACUUUUAACCCUUCCGUACCGCGCGUACAUUUUGUUGUACAUAUAUCCAUAUACAUUAACAUAGCUUUAUUAUUUAAUCUUAUUGUUUAAUUGUUUGGUUAUGGCGCUAAAUUCAUUUUAAAAGUAAUUUUUUCCAGUUUUUUAAAACCUCGUUUUGAUUUUAUCUUUUUUUUUUUGUUGUUGUUGUGCAUAAUGUUGCAUCGUUUGCAUUGGCGUCAAAAACAAAUUAUUUGUGUGUUGCUCUAAAAACAAUGACACAAUUUGCCAUUAAAUUGCAUAUGUACGUUAUAUGAUAUUCGUUACCAAUGCUAUUCGAGUAGUCCGAAGAGUAUUAAAUGCAUUUGUACCAUUUUUUUUUUAAUUAUGGUUUAUAUUACAAAAAUUUAUUGAUUGAUUUUAAAGUAAAACUGUAUAAUAUAACACGUAUGUACUUAAAUGGUGCCAUAUCAUACGAAAACACAAACUAAAUAUGUAUACAAUUUUAAGAUUAUCUGUUUUGUUAAAGCACAAAAA